CUGUGGGUAUCAUUUUUUCUUCAGGCAAACCCUGGUGCAUGGUUGUUGCAACUUCGUGAAGGAAAGUCCAAGGAAACUUAUGAUAUUGUCGCUCACAGCAACUCAGAAGGAGAUGAGGGCAGUGCUGUCCGUGUUCUGAUCGAUUCGUUUUCUGGGCGUACCAUUCGCAUUUAUGUUUCGAAGAGAAAAGGGCUGAGACAGACUAGUUUUCCGUCUGAUGAAAAUGAGAAUGGUGGCGGUAUAUGGGACUCAUUCAGUGGAAGGUUUCUUUUUCUUCUAUCAUACGGACAUUUCUUCUUUAUGGUUAAUAUUCGCAUAGGUACUUGCUGCAAUAGCAAUCUUAAACGUUCCAGAAUAAAGUUUCAUGCUUUUCAUGUUCAUGUUUGCAACAUUUCGUAG